CUGAGAUUUUUCAGAUCCUUGGUUCUCCGGAAUAAGUUCUUGACAGGCUUUUAGGCAAUUAUUGUCUUCUCUAUCUUCAUUUUUUGGGGGCUUUGCAAACAUUAUUCACACAGUUUGAUUCAUUUCCUCGCAUUGAACUUGAUGGCUUAGGUUGUGGAUCUCUCACAUCUUGGGCAAAUAAGAGUGUAGAUGAUCGCAUUCAGAGUUUUCUUCACAACCAAAGUACUGUAGCUUUUGAAUGCCUCCAAGAAGGACAGCAUUUGGUCGAUUGAAAUCAAUAGGGAUGUGACAUGGUUUUUGUUACACCAAGAGCAAGGACAAUAGAUAUUGCUCAUGCAUGGAUGAUGAGAAAUGCAAUUCUUUUGAUCGUUUCACCAAUGACCUGUCAAUACAUGACUGAAAUGCUGAAUAAGUAUACGCAUCAGUCUUCUUGUCUUUGAUUCAUUUGGGCAUGCAUCUUUGGUGUUUCAUUAUAAAUAUCAUUUUGCAUACAAGUAUGCUCGCACUGUCGUCCUGGAUGGCUUUGUCAAAGGAAUCAAAGUUUUCCCUCUCAGGGAAUGUGUCCCAGCAUUUAGAGGAUCACAAGUCACAACAUUAUAUCCAACUACAUAACCUUUACAUGCUAUUAGUCGCUAUGAGGAGAGAGGAAUGCUACUCAGAGAGGGGACAGGUACAUUUUUUUGGCUGACAAGGUAGAGAUCCAAGACAUUACCAAGCAGACUUGCUUUUUCGCCCUUGCAGGUCCAAAAAGUGACCAAGUAAGGGAAUUUCUAAUAAAAAAAUUGUGGUUGAUUUUUGUGUUUGACAUUGCUCUGGUGCUAAUGGUUUUGAUUUUGAUUUUGAUUUGCAAGCAUGUGAUGGAUAAUUUGAAUCUUAGUGAUCUUAUUGGGCAACCAUAUGGCACAAAUCGACAUUAUAGUGUGAAUGGUACACCUAUAACUGUUGGGGUUGGAAGCAUCAUUUCUGAAGAGGGUUUUUCAUUGUUGAUGUCACCUGCCAUUACUGGAUCACUUUGGAAACACUUCUAUCUCAAGGUGCCAUUCCAAUGGGUUCCAAUGCUUGGGAAAAACUAAGGGUUACUCAAGGAAGGCCAGCUCCUAGAAAAGAGCUCACCAAUGAAUUUAAUGUUCUGGAGGCUGGUCUUUGGAACUCUGUUUCUUUGAACAAGGGGUGUUACGAAGGACGAGACGAUAGCAAGACUCAUAACAUAUGAUGGAGUAAAACAAAGACUAUGGGGAAUUCGUCUAUCAGCACCAGUAGAAUCUGGCAGCACAAUUAUGGUUAAUGAGAAAAAGGUUCUAGUUAUAUAGCCUCCCAUAAUUGCUUUCCAAGAUUGAAAAGGUAUACAGCUGAUAUUUCACACUCACCAUGCUUCAA